AUGCCAUCACUACACUGGCGAACUGGACUACUUCACCUCCCCCUAAUCAGGGACAAUCAGUCUUUGACCGUUUUGACCGUCAUAGACUGCAUGCCUACCCAUGAGGGAACUGCUGAUCCUGUAGUAGUAGAAAGUUGGCUCCGGGAGAUGGAAAAAGAAAGACGGGGCACUGUUAGGGAAAGUUUCUUAGCUGAAGGUGAGUUUGGUUGGUCUGAGUUUGCUACUAAGUUGAAAGAAAAGUUCUAUCCGGAUGAGGUUCGAUGGCAGAAACAGGAAGAGUUCUUGUCGUUGUCUCAAGGGUCAUUCUCGAUCCAAGAGUAUACUAAUAAGUUCACUGCUCUGUCGCGUUUUGCCAAUGUUGUAGUCCUUACAGAGGCUGAGACGGUGAAACGAUAUAUAAAAAAUAUGGAUCCGAAAGUUAGGACCCAUGUGCUAAGUUCUGGUUCUAAGACUUUCCAGGGUGCUUAUGAGAUUGCACUCAGCAUCCAUGCUUCCAUCAUGGAAGAAGAAGCUACUAAAUCUGUGAGUGUGAAGAAGCCGACUGCUACCUUUCCUCAAGUUCCAGCUAAGAAGCCAAGGUAUGAUUCAGGUAACCAAAGCAACUAUCAACAGGGUUCUAGUUUUGGCUCUGGUUCGAGUUUCAAGCCGAAACUUGAGUCUAAGUGUCGUGGAUGUGGGAAGGAUUUCCAUGCUGGAAAGAACUGUGAUGGCUCUGCUAUUGUUUGUUACUACUGCAAGGAAGUGGGGCAUAAGUCCUUCAAGUGUCCCAAGAAUCCAAAUGCUACUACUCCUCCUGCUGCAACACCUGCUGCUACUGUUUCAUUUGUUGCUAGUAGUUUUGUUGAAAAGGCUAAUGUGACUGGUAGUUCUUAUGUAAUGUCUAUGAUAUCUCUCCCUUCUGGAGAGAAUAUUGCGUGUCAUAAUGAGUUUAAAGAUGUGCCUGUUAACAUUUUGGGAACUGAGUUGCUUGCUGAUUUGAAAGAGUUCCCGAUGUCUGAGUUCGGUGUAAUUCUCGGGGUGGACUGGUUGUCGAAGUAUCAUGCAACCAUCCAUUGUAGCGAUCAAAAGGUGACGCUUCGUAGUCCUAAAGGAAACCAGAUCUCUUAUUCCGGUAUUGUGGUGAAGAGGGGCGUGAAAGUUGUGUCUGCUCUAAAAAUGAGAAAGAUGCGUCAAAAGGGUGAAGAUGUCUUCCUUUGUGUGGUGAAAGAUCUAUCUCUGGAAGAACAUCUCGAGCGUAUUUCUGUUGUUCGAAAUAUCCAGAUGUAUUUCCUGAAGACUUGUCGGUUGCAAGAAUUGAUCGACAAGGGUUUUAGCAGGCCGAGUGUCUCUCCAUGGGGUGCUUCGGUCUUGUUCGUCAAGAAGAAAAAUGGUAGUAUGAGGUUGUGCAUCGACUAUCGUGAGUUGAACAAGAUUCCUGUGAAAAAGGAAGAUAUACCGAAAACUGCUUUCCAUACGAGGUAUGGUCAUUUUGAGUUUGAAGUGAUGCCUUUUGGUCUCACAAAUCCCCCUGCGAUCUUUAUGGAUCAAAGGAACCGAUCGUUUCAUGUGUAUCUUGAUAAGUGUGUCGUUGUCUUCAUAGAUGAUAUACUUGUCUACUCUAAAGACGAGCAAGAUCAUGACAAGCACCUUAGGCCAAUUUUAGAUGUUCUUCGAAAACAGAAAUGGUUUGCCAAGUUGUCUAAAUGUGAGUUCUGGUUGAAAGAGGUUGCUUUCCUUGGCCAUGUCAUCAGCAAAGAUGGGGUUAAGGUGGAUCCUUCUAAGAUUAAGGUUGUUGUAGAGUGGGAAAGUCCGAAGUCUAUUUAUAGUUGUUAUGGGGCUCCAUGGAUACAACAACUCAGCUUGAUACCAUUGACAAGUGGAAGAGAUUGA